GUUACUGUUUACUGUUAGCGUUAGUGUCUCUGCUCUCUACUCCGCUAACUUUUAUAUAUUCUUAAUUCCUGUUGAUACUUAUUAAUUGUACACUUAAGCAUACGCUUGUUUGGUUUAAAGCGCUUCUUGCUUUUCCGAUCUCUUAAAACCCACAGUUUUAAACUUCUGUUGCUUUAGCUCUAUUGUUAGCUCCGGUUAGCUCCACAGCUAAUCUUGGUUAGCGGUUAGCCAUGGCUUCUCUCCCCUCUUCUCACUCUUCUGCUCUAUCUUGCUCGGUGUGUCACAUGUUUAGCUACUCCUCUGCCUCCUUUGACGGUAAUGAUACUUGUACUAAGUGUAGUCUGUUUGCAGUCUUGGAGGCGAGGCUUAGUGAGUUAGAAACGCGGCUCCGCACCAAGGAUAGCCAGUUAGCUCCAGUUAUUAGCCAGGCCCCAGUAACCGGUGCGAGCCGUCCUGCAGCCAGUGUUAGCAUAACUGCUAAUCCCCCGGUAGUUCUCAAGCAGCUGGGAAACCAGGGCAGGUGGGUGACUAAUCGAAGGAAGCAUAGCCCCAAACAGAAGCCCACGGUUCACCACCAACCACUUCAUGUUUCAAACAGAUUCUCCCCACUCAGCAACACACCUGCUGAGGAACAGACUCUGAUCAUUGGUAGCUCCAUAGUCAGAAACGUGAAAUUAGCGACACCAGGGACCAUAGUCAAAUGUAUUCCUGGGGCCAGAGCGGGCGACAUAGAGUCAACUUUAAAACUGCUGGCUAAGGAUAAACAUAGAUACAGUAAGAUUAUCAUUCAUGCUGGUGGAAAUGACACCCGAUUACGCCAAUCGGAGGUCACUAAAAUUAAUGUUGAGUCGGUGUGUACAUUUGCUAAAACAAUGUCGGACUCCGUAGUUUUCUCUGGGCCCCUGCCUAAUUUGAUCAGUGAUGACAUGUAUAGCCGCAUGUCAUCAUUUAACCGCUGGUUGUCGAGGUGGUGUCCAGAUAAUGAUGUGGGCUUCGUUGAUAAUUGGCAAACUUUUUGGGGAAGACCUGGUCUGAUUAGGAGAGACGGCAUACAUCCCACUUUGGACGGAGCUGCUCUCAUAUCUAGAAAUAUGGCCGAAUUCAUUGACCCAAAUCCAUGACAACCCAGAGUCCAGACCAGGAGACAGAGCUGCAGUCUUACACGCUUCUCUGUGCUUCCACUAGAGCAGUUACCCACCCAAUUACAUAUAGAGACUGUGUCUGUCCCCCGACCUCCUAAACCAAUUAAAACAGCUUUUAAUAGAAGAGCGAUACAUAAAAACCUGACCAAAAUUAAUACCACUCCAGUAAUGGACCAUCAAAAUAAGAGAGUUAAAUGUGGA